AAAAGUUUGGACUAAAGUCUAAUUUAAACACACACAUGAUCAUCCACACAGGACAGAAACCAUUUGUUUGUGAUCUUUGUGGACAAAAGUUUGGACUAAAGUCUAAUUUAAACACACACAUGAUCAUCCACACAGGACAGAAACCAUUUGUUUGUGAUCUUUGUGGACAAAAGUUUGGACUAAAGUCUAAUUUAAACACACACAUGAUCAUCCACACAGGACAGAAACCAUUUGUUUGUGAUCUUUGUGGACAAAAGUUUGGACUAAAGUCUAAUUUAAACAGACACAUGAGAAUCCACACAGGAGAGAAAGCAUUUGCUUGUGAUGUUUGUGGACAAAGGUUUGGACAAAAGUCAUAUUUAAACAGACACAAGAUCAUCCACACAGGACGGAAACCAUUUGUUUGUGGCUUUUGUGGACAAAAAUUUGGACUAACGUCAGUUUUAAACAGACACAUGAUAAUCCACACAGGAGAGAAACCAUUUGCUUGUGAUGUUUGUGGACAAAGGUUUGGACAAAAGUCA